AGCAGAGGAUCACCUCGACAGGCAUGAUCUGCUUUUGUGUGUUGCUAUUAUUAUUAUUGUUGUUGGUUGGAUCCGUAGCCCGAAAUAGACGCGCAUUUGGACGCAAGAAACAUGGCAGAAUAAAGCCAGGAGCUGAUAUGCAUAUUGUAUGCGCGCAAAAGAGGGUUCAUGUUAUGUUGUUUAAGCCCUUUGCUUCCCCCCCCGCUCUUGUGGAGUUUAUCCACAGCUUCAGCCCCUCACCCGCGCCCCUUGUGCACAUCAAUCGAUGGAUAUAUGCGAGGCUCUAUGCUUUCAGCGCUCCUUCAAUUUCCUUUAAUUCCUUCACUUUUUUCUUUUCUUUUUCACUCAUUUGUUACUCUUUCAAUUUACACACAUUACACAUUUAUUAGCAACAACCAAUGAGCUCGGACGACAGAAUUGCAAAGGCCGCUAGCUUUCUGCUGCACAGCCCGCCAGGCGAGGUCGACGAUGUAUUCAAUGACAUUCGCGGAAUUGUGAACGACGAUGACGCACUCCAGGCACAAAUUGAGCCUCAGUUCCUGGUGGUCGAGGUCCCCGGACAGCAGAGCACUGUUCUGCUAACACCGUACAACCAGGUAUCUGAGAGCCGGUACCUAGAUCCCAAUACUGGCACAGUAUUCACCUUUGACCAUCUUCGGCCUGCGGGCGCCCUGCAAACGCACCUGGAUCAAUACGUGGCCAACCACUACACUAACGGAUCCGUUUCUGUGUUUGCACAUGAGGGCGCUGUAGUGAGCUGCAUUGUGAGCAACAAGUUUUCGCCAGGCAAUUUCUGGAAUGGGUCGUGGAGGGCCGUUUGGUCGUUCAAUCCGGCCAUGGCGCAGCUCAAUGGAAGCGCCAAAGUGCGCGUGCAUUACUUUGAGGACGGUAAUGUGCAGUUAGACACGCAGUCGGACUUUGCUGGUGAUAUCGAGGCGGGUAGGGAUGUGGCGAAGAAGGUGGCCAAGAUGAUUGGCCAAUUUGAGGCUGAUUUCCAGCAGGGGAUUAAUGAUGGGUAUAGGCAGUUGGCUGAAAGAACCUUUAAGGGACUGCGUCGCACGUUGCCGGUCACCAGGAAUAAGAUUGACUGGGAGAAAAUUGCGAACUAUAAGAUUGGCGGAGAGCUAGCGCACGCUGAGAACUGAAGGAUUGAAAGAAUAUAUCCAUUACACAUAUGAUGAGAGAGAUCUGAUUGAAAGUGGGAGGUGUGGCCAUUUUGCCAUAAUUAAGCCAUCGACGAGAUGUAGACAGCUGAUGUCGGGGGGGCAUCCGGACGAGGUCAAUUGUUGCAAAUCGAUUAAUUUUUG